GCGCCGUGGCUUGGUCUUUCAGUUAACUAAGCGGCAGCGCGGCUCGAGAACCCCACCAACCAUUUUCUCCAUCGAUCAACGACUUGACCACCAUCUAGCUACAUAUUCCCUCCCUUUCCCCUCAUUUGCCCCGUGAAAAAUCGCCCUCUUUUCCUCUUCGUUAUUCAUAGCUCCGGGAUCAGACUGUUUGCUUAAUUAUGCCAGGGAUAUGUGGCGGAAAUCCAGAUCAUGGUGAGUCGAGUGCCUUGCGCCGCUGCCAAUCAUGCAGCCCUGGGCGGCGCAUCCAGAAAUCCAGAAGCCAAUAUAUUAUCGUUCCGCGUGAGUACGUUAGUCAGGCUCGAGCUGACCUUGAGGCGCACCACUUUCCCAUGGCAGGCGGAGACACCCAACACGGCGCUGAGGCCCCCGGCCGCGAGAGGCUCGCGCCGACUUUGCAAAUACCCAAGAACAGGAGCACCGGGAACCUCGGGACGGUGGCCGAUGACGACAGGGCUGGAAGGCCUCGCAUCCGCUUCUCGUUCGAUGCCGGUGCCGCCGCGGUAGAGCACGAAACAAUGACAAGCUCGAUCGUAACGGACCAUGACCUGGGCCUGGGCAUGUCCGGGCUCCGGCGCAUACGUCAACAGCCCAAUGCGUUGCGGACGCCCACCAUGCCGCUCGCGGGCAAUCGGACGCCCUCCCUCGGCGAUUCGGCAAGGUCCGCCUCCACGAGCGUCUCCCUCGACCACUCCGUGUCGCUUUCUUCAUACCCGGCCUCUCCCACGUUUGCCGAUGAUCUCUCCCGCUUUCCGUCAGAAUCACUGCAUUCCUUCUCCUUCGCCCAUCAGUCCGAAGACUUGAUCCACAGCCGUCAAAACGUCCUUAAGCGGUCCAUGGAGUUUAUGAGGGACCGGAUGGCGUGGUCGGCCUCGUUGAACGCCGGGAUAGCGAGUGCUCAAGCACGCGCGACGGGUGAUGUGGCAGCCCAGACCAUGCUGGAUCUGCUGUCACGAGCCCAUCUAGUCGGCGCUGGGAACCUUCCCAACACGGACCCUAACCUCCUCACCGGGCCAUUAACGGGGCCGGCAACGACCUCGAAUGCAAACGUAUUUGAGAAAGGCUUUGCUCCGAGGACGUCGAGCCCCGAGCCCAUUGACAAGACGCCCCUCGUCUCUCCGGCCUCUUCGGCGCCGCCGCCUGCGGUCGUCAAGGACCAGGGUCCUCAGCGGGAUGCUUCCGCUCCUGCUGCUGCGGACUCUCAGCCCAACCCACCACCGGGCGAGAACCAGGGUUCCGAGAGCUCGUCGAGGACGCCCACGAAUGAAAGCGGCACGAGUGGUACGACGGCAAAGAGUUCCCCGCCGCCUUCGAGACGCCCUAGCGUGCUGAAACGGACCAUGACCGACACAGAUACUGCCCAGGUAUCGGUUCAGCAGAAACUCAUGGAUGUAAUGGCGCAGCCGUAUCAUGCGGCCGAGCCCCUGCCGCAGCCUCAGCACAGGUCAUCGCUGCCCUUUUCCCCUGCGAUGAAUCCGCCGCCGUCCGCCGUCUCUACCCUACACAACCACCCAUUAAGGGUCGCGCCCGCUGCACAAGCAAUCUUCACCACCACGUCAAAACCGCCAUGGACCAUUGUUACCGCCAACGAUCUUGCUUGCUUGCUGUUCGGCGUCACAGCCGCCGAGAUCAGGAAGAUGGGGAUUCUGGAGGUCGUCCAGGAGGAACGGAGGGCCUGGCUGGUUGGCAAGUUGCAGAAAGGGGCUGGAGAGGAUGUAGGGGAUGUCUCUGAGCCCGAAAUUGCCCAACCAAACCCCGCCGUGCAGACGUCCAAGCUGCUUGGAGGGCGCUCCGGCGGGAUUACGGCAAAACUCCUGAGCAAGCCAAAUUCGAGGUCGCAGACGCCCAAGACUGGUAGGCGACCCGCGACCAUUCACAACGGCGACCCGAGGCCACCGAAGCCAGGACAGGGUCACCGCCAGAACAGCAAGUCCAGGGGCGUGCUUCUCUGUGGAGAUGUUGUCCCAAUCCAGAAACGCAACGGCGCUACCGGUUCUGCCAGUUUUUGGGUCAUUGAGAAGAAGGCUGGCCUGAUCUGGGUUGUGGAAGAGAUCCACGAGGACGUCGCAUACGUCGACGUCGACGAAGAUGGCCUGGUUCUGAAGUUGUCCGGUGCUCUGGGCCCCAUUUGGGGCAAUGAGAACCUGCAGCCAGGUCAGGAUAUCGGAUUGCUCAUCCCUCGCAUUUCGCGGCAGGGCAUCGACCCGCGGUUCGGCGAACUCGACUAUCGGGAGAUUGCCAGGAAAAAGUACUACACUUGCCGCACUAGCCAGGGAGUCAACAUCCCGGCAACGAUAGAACAGGUCAAGGGCUCCACACAGCUCCGCGUGUCCAGCUUUCCGCACAUCGCCGGUAUUGUCGUCGUAUGUCCUGAAAAGCUCACCAUCAAGAGCACGAAUUCCGUCUUCUGUGGGGCGCUCUUUGGCUACGAGAAGCCAGACGGUAUGUCGAUCAACCAUCUAGUGCCCAACUUUGACAAGAUACUCCGCAUCCUCACCGAACGGGACGGCGUCCACCUCGUCGAUGGUAUUGUGGUUCCCGAGCACUCGUUCCGGAAAGCCUCUGCGUAUCUAGCCCUAGAGGAGGGGCGGCCGGACGCUGCUGCGGGGUUCUUACGGCCCGAGAGCCUCCCAGCGCGGCACCGGGACGGCUCCCAGCUCAGGAUCGACAUACAAAUGCGAGUUGUAACGAGCGAGAAGCAAGUGACAACGCACAACGAUGCUGUUUCGGAGAACAGCGAUGGCGAGUCGUCAGCCGGCGAGGGCUCGGAUAAGUUUGUCGUGUCGCAAACGGAGAUGGUCUACGCCCUGUGGAUCACGUAUUCGAGGCACCUCCACGCUUCGCGGACAAGCAAGGGCGUGCCAUCACCACAGCAGCCUUCUGGAACGGCCACACCACUGUACCAACCAUCUCCAGGCCAAACACCGGCCCACACGCCGCUGGAGAUGGUAUCCGAUUCAGAGGAGUCGCAGAAGGGGGAGCCAGAGCCAAGGCCGCCCUCGCUGGCUCGGCAGUUGAAAGAGGCUGCCGCCACAGCGGCGGGCAAGUUAACAGGCUCGCAGAAGGCAUCCGAAUCUCAGCCACCUCAGCCGGCCACCCCGGCGAAGCCGGCAGAGCCACCCCACAAGAAGACCAUAGACGACUUUAUCAUCCUCGAAGACAUGGGCCAGGGCGCCUACGGCCAAGUCAAAUUGGCGCGGUACCGCAGCACCGGCAAGACGUGCGUCCUCAAGUAUGUCACGAAACGCCGCAUUCUCGUGGACACAUGGACGCGCGACCGUAGGCUGGGCACCGUCCCUCUCGAGAUCCACGUACUGGACUAUCUGCGGCGCGACGGGCUGCGACACCCCAACAUCGUGGAGAUGGAAGACUUCUUUGAGGACAGCGUCAACUACUACAUCGAGAUGGCACCUCAUGGCCUCCCCGGGAUGGACCUAUUCGAUUAUAUCGAGCUGCGCACCAAUAUGGAGGAGCAAGAGUGCCGCAGCAUCUUCGUGCAGGUCGCACGCGCCGUCCACCACCUGCACACCAAGGCGCUGGUUGUACACCGCGACAUCAAGGACGAGAACGUCAUCCUGGACGGCGAGGGCCGCAUCAAGCUGAUCGAUUUCGGGAGCGCAGCAUACAUCAAGAGCGGUCCCUUUGAUGUCUUUGUGGGCACCAUUGAUUACGCGGCCCCCGAGGUCCUUGCCGGUAAGCCCUACGGCGGCGAAGAGCAGGAUGUCUGGGCCCUUGGUAUCCUGCUCUAUACCAUCAUCUACAAGGAGAACCCCUUCUACAGUAUCGACGAGAUCAUGGACCGCGAUUUGCGUGUGCCCUACACCAUCAGCGACGAGAGCAUCGAUCUGAUCCGCAAGAUGUUGAAUCGGGACGUCCAGGAGCGCUACACGAUCGACCAGGUCCUGGCACAUCCUUGGUGUCGGGUGGAGACGGCGGUAUGAGCGCAAACCUCGGACUCUCUCCUCCCCGGACGGGAUGGCGGAUGGACGGGACUUGUACAGGACAGACUGUCAUUGAGACGGGCGGUACAAGGUAGGGGGCAGCGAACUAGGCAUCAAAUGUUCUCUGAUGCAGGCACGGAACCAAGCGUAAAGGCACGU